AUGUCGCUUUCAGUAAAGCCUUCGACUCUCGCCAUCAGCGUGAUCGUUAUUGGUCUGAUGCCCACCAGAGAUGCCCACCUACAAUUCGAAAAGUGGGCGCGCGAGUAUGGUCCGGUAUACAGUCUAAUUCUGGGAACCAAGACCAUGAUUAUUCUCUCUAGCGACAGGGCAGUCAAAGACCUACUUGACAAGAGAAGCAACAAGUACUCCCAUCGUCAAGAAAUGUAUGUCGGUCAAGUGCUCUGCAGCGGCGGGCUCAGGGUGCUGAUGAUGGGAUACGGUCCACAAUGGCGAAGCGCCCGCAAGAUGAUCCACGGCUUGCUCAACGUCUCCGCCGCCAAGUCCUAUGUCCCAUACCAGGUGCUGGAAAACAAGCAGAUGCUUCACGAAUUCCUCGUAGAUCCGGAUCACUUCCUCCACCACAUCCGACGCUACUCCAACGCACUAACCACUACUAUGGUCUUUGGAUGGAGAACACCUACUUAUGAGGAUAAGAAGAUGAAACAGCUCUUUGACGGCUUCUCCGAAUUCGCGGAUAUCAACCAAACUGGUGUCGCCGCCAUCCUAGACUCCUUCCCGCUGCUACGUAGCCUUCCUGACUUUGUCGUGGGUUUGAAGAAGACGGCUAAGAAGCUUCAUGCGCGGGAAAAGGACUUGUAUCUAAGCCACUGGCUCAAGGUCAAGGAGGAGAUCACUGGCGGCACAGUGAACCCGUGUUUCUGCGAGGAGCUUGCCGCCAUGCAAAAGACAGAGGGUUUCAGCGACGACCAAGCUGCGUACAUUUCCGGAACUCUUCUCGAGGCUGGCUCGGACACAACUUCUAGCACCCUCUACGCGUUUGUUCAAGCCAUGCUCAUCUUCCCCGAGGUUCAGCAAAAGGCCUUUGACGAGAUUGAGCGCGUUGUCGGUUCUGGCCGCCUUCCUACUAUGGAGGACGAGAUGGAUCUCCCUUAUGUUCGAGGAUGUGUGAAGGAAUCGCUACGAUGGAUGCCCACUACUAUUCUUGGAGCUGUUCCUCAUGCUGUCACAGAAGACGACUGGUACGAUGGUUAUCUUAUUCCCAAGGACGCGGGCGUGAUGAACAAUGUUUGGGCUAUCAACAUGGAUCCUGAACGUCAUCCUGACCCGAGGCGCUUUGAUCCCGAGAGGUAUAUCAACGACCACCAGAGCUUGGCGGAUGCCGCAGCCAACCCGGAUCCCAGCAAGCGUGAUCAGUUUACUUUUGGUGCGGGGCGACGUAUUUGCCCCGGCAUUCAUGUCGCUGAGCGCAGCUUGUUCCUUGGCAUGGCCAGGAUCUUGUGGGCUUUCAAGAUUGAGCCAAAGGUGGACGCGAACGGCAAGCCCAUCAUUCCUGACCACAAUAAGCUCACCCAAGGCUUCGUCUGUAUGCCGGAACCGUUCGAGGCCAAGAUUACACCUCGAUCCAAGGAAAGGGCGGCGACGGUGGAGAAGGAGUGGACUAGCGCCCAGGAGGAAUGUUUGGAUCCCAAGACGAAGCAGUGGCGCGUAUCUCCCGUCGCUUCCAAGGGAAGGAAGAAGUUGUAG